AUGCUCGAAAGGUACUCUUCUCGUCGUCGUCGUCAUCGACUAAAAGUUUUCUUACUUUCGAUCGCUGCCGGGUGCCUUUUUCUCCUAAUUCUAAGUCAAUACCAAAAUAGUCCUCUGUCGACUGAAUCUUCUGCACCGAUUGGAUUCAAUGAGCAAAUUGUUGUUAGACGACCACUCGAGAAAAGUCGAUCACGGCUACGUUCCGAGUCAAAACUGCAACCACUACCAACCAUCGCACAUUUAUCUGAUAAAAAAUCCACCGAUUUCUUAUCCACUUUCACUUUUACCAAUUCUCCUUUCCUGAAUUUAUCAUCUGAACUACCCGUGAUUAUUCCAAUCAUAAUCCUUUCGAAAGCAUCAGACAUCGAAGUGCGCGAUGCCAUCCGACGCACUUGGGGUUUCGAUGGACUACACCGAAACGCUACUAUACAAUACAAAAUAUUCUUUCUUGUUGGUCUCGAUGAUCUCUUUGUUAAACGUAUUCAUACUGAACAGAUACUUUUCGAUGAUGUUAUUCAAGUUUCUCUCCCCGAUUGUGAUUCCUACUUUGCGUACAAAGAACUAUCCGUAAUGCUAUGGAUGAAGACCUAUUUACCACACACUCCGUACUAUAUCAAGACUGAAGACGACGUUAUUAUGAAUAUCAACGCGAUCAUCAAACAAUUUCUACCAAGUAUGGAAAGUUAUUUAACGAAAAAUUUAAUUAUCGGUUGGUUCGAUCGAGAACAUAAUAUCGAUCGUGGUACUUAUCAGCGGUUUAUCAAUGCUGUAGUUCCACCAUCAUCUGCGGAUCUAUCUUACGCCAUGGGCUCAUUUUACAUAGUUACUUCGCAAGCAUGGAAUAGUAUGCUGAAUACAAUGAAAAAUGUCGAAAAUAUUCAACAACCGGGCGAUCCAUUUGUUACUGGAAUCCUUCGGAAAGCGUCUCAUGUCGAAGUGAAAAAUUUAGCAACAUCAACUGAAUACUUUCGUUAUGAAGUACGCAGUGGAGCAUGCAAAGAUGCAUUUGUCCGAGAUCCAAGCUUGUUAUUUUGUACUUCACCGCUACUUUUAUCACCAUCGCAAUCAAUAUCAUUAACAACAACCCUGACAAAAGUAGAUGUCACGCCUCGGUCCGUAACGGAAUAUUUCGAUGUUUGGAAUACACUUCUAAGUCAGAAGGCGAUACGCUAA